AUGAGGAAUGAAGUUGGUUCAGUGAUCGAAGUGUCUGUGGCUGAGCAUUCUGGAAAUACUCACGAUAAGUCUGUAAUUUUCAAAUUCAUUGUGAAAAGAAAUAAAGAUAUUGCAGAAGUUAAGUGUCUAGAACGAAAGACAGUGAGGCUCAGACUUGAGAAUGGGGGCAGUCCUUGUGCUGGUCGAGUGGGGAUUUACUACUUUUGGCUGUGGGGGACUGUGUAUGAUAAAGAAUGGGACCUGCUGGAUGCUUCUGUCGUUUGUCGGGAGCUGGACUGUGGGACUGCCGUCUCUGCCCCAAGCGGUUCUUACUUUGGAGAAGGAUCCGGACCCAUUGUGACCUGGAAUGUUAAGUGCAAUGGAACUGAGCGCGCUCUGCGGGACUGUCAGUCUGAGAGAUGGUCUCAGUACAUGUGGUCACACUCCACUGAUGCUGGUGUCAUCUGUUCAGACCACACCCUUCCGAGAUUGGUACCUGGAAAUUCCCAAUGCUUUGGCAGACUGGAGAUCCAAUUCGUUGACACCUGGAAAACAGUGUGUGGCCUUGACUGGGAUUUGAAAACCGCUAAUGUGGUCUGUGCACAGCUUCAUUGUGGCGUCGCCGUAUCUGUGUCAAGCUCUGUUCAUUCGGGAGGCGAUGAUGUGCUCAUGGCUACUGAGGUCAUUCAAUGUAUGGGCAACGAGGCUCAUCUGGGGAAGUGCCCUCGGUCUACAGCAAUUCACCAGGAUUGCAGUGAACACAACAAUAUCACCGUGAUGUGUUCUGGCAGACCUGUCGGCACUCAGGCUAAUAGCGCAGAACCGGUGAGUCUGAGACUUGAGAAUGGGGGCAGUCCUUGCGCUGGCCGAGUGGAGAUUCACUACAAGGGAAAGUGGGGGACUGUGUUUGGUUCUAACUGGGACCUGUGGGAUGCUACUGUUGUUUGUCGCGAGCUGGACUGUGGGACCGCGAUCUCUGCCCCACUUGGGUCUCACUUUGGACCAGGAUCUGGACCCGUUGUGACCGGGAAUGUUUGGUGCAGUGGCACUGAGCACGCUCUGGAGGACUGCAAAUCAUGGGAAUUGAAUCACUACACCAAUCCACAUACCAAUGAUGCUGGUGUCAUCUGUUCAGAGCAAGUCAUGCUAGUACCUCAAAAUUCCCAAUGCUUCGGCAGACUGGAGGUCCAGUUCGAUCACACCUGGAAAACAGUGUGUGGUCUUGACUGGGAUUUGAAGAACGCCAAUGUGGUCUGUGAGCAGCUUCAUUGUGGAGUGGCCGUGUCUGUUUCAAGCUCUGCUCAUUCUGGAGGCAGUACUGUACUCAUGGGUUCAAAAGUCUUUGGAUGUACGGGCAACGAGACUCAACUAGGGAAUUGCCCUCGGUCUUCAACAACUCACCACGAUUGCAGUGGGCACAACAAUGUAACUCUGACGUGUUCUGAUGAAAUUUGGUCACCAAGACUGGUGAAUGGGAGAAACCGCUGUGAUGGCCAAGUUGAGGUUUACUACAAGGGAAGCUGGGGCAGAGUGCAGGACACCGUGUGGGAUCUGAAUGCUGCUCAUGUUGUGUGCAGACAGCUGGGAUGUGGUUAUGCCUUAGAAACGCAGAACUCUUCAAACUACGGGUUGAGUGAUGAACGUCCGUGGGUGCAAAGCAUCCAGUGUCAUGGACAGGAAUCACAGCUCCGGGACUGCAACAUCUCCAACACUUUGAACUCGUCUGUCACUGACAGCGGUGGCUUUGGCAUCCUCUGUUCAGAACAUAUCCAGUUAAGGCUGACAGAUGGAGGAACCCGUUGUGCUGGUCGAUUGGAAAUUUACUACAAAGGGACAUGGGGAUCAGUUUGUGAUGACUCCUGGGAUGUGAGAGACGCUGAAGUGGUUUGUAAACAACUGGAUUGUGGAGGUGCACUGGAAAGGGCCCUUCCUUCCUCCUGCGGGCCGGGCACAGGGCCAGUUUGGUUGAAAGACGUGAACUGUUCUGGAAACGAAUCAUUUCUCUGGGAAUGUCCUUCAGCACCAUUCGGUCAGCAAGACGACUGUUCUCAUAAAGAGGACGUAAGAAUAAUGUGCUCAGAUCACAAGGAGAUGCGGCUGGUGAAUGGAAAGCAUCGGUGUGAGGGGAGAGUGGAAGUGUUCUACGAUGAGGCCUGGGGAACGGUGUGUUCCGAAAGUCUGGAUUUCCACGAUGGGGAAGUGAUUUGUAAACAGUUGCAGUGCGGUGCUCUCCAGUCCAUUGAUUAUUACACUCAGUUAUUCGGAGCAGGAACUGGACCUAUUUGGCUCGAUGACGUGGAGUGCCUGUCACACGAGCCAACCCUGUGGCAAUGUAAGAGAAAUCGGUGGGGUCAACACAACUGCGAACACAGGGAAGAUGCAGGUGUUGUUUGUUCAGGUAAAACAACAAGUCUCAAAUUUCGCCUGGUUGGAGGAAGCAGCAACUGUUCUGGGAGAGUGGAAAUCCUGUGCGAUAAAGGCUGGGGCACGUUGUGUGGUGAUUCCUGGGAUACAACUGAUGCCAAUGUUGUCUGCAGACAGCUGGGAUGUGGCUUUGCCGUAUCGGCCCGAGGAGGGCCCACUGUUUCUCAGGGUAAAGGCGUUACCUGGCAGAAUGAUGUGAAGUGUAAGGGAAGCGAAUCCUCCCUAUACGACUGUCUCUCCCAGGAACCAAUGCAAAGCGAGUGCAGUCACAAGGAAAUUGCCAAUGUGAUCUGUUCUGGACCCGAUUUAUUGAUGACAUCUCCUUCGCCUCCACCUGCUGGUAUUUAUGAUUGA